CGGUAGGCUCGACUACUUCCGUGUCAAACAUCCACGUCAUAAAGUCGAAGUUAUCGGCCCCCAAGCUACCGUCCAGCAUCUGUGACUCAUCAGCAUUCUGCAAUUCGUGCUUGUCCCGAGAUUUCAGUCAGCGGCAACACUGACCGUGAAGUCCCAGUCUCCCAACACCACGUUUGCAUCAUCAAAGGAAAGAGGAUCGUUGACUCCCGACCCUCUUUCAAUCCUCUCCGCAUUCAUCGAGGCCAGCAUUUCCUGUAAGAUCGUCAAGCACUCUGCCCCAACUUUAGUUGCCAUUGAGAUGAGCUUUUUUGAUACUUCUUCUCUCCCCAUCCCAUCUCGUGUUAGUUCGAUGUUAGUGCACAUGAGGUGUGCAAACACAUAACCUUUGACGUUAGUUUCUCCUGCUUCGAUGCAUUCGUAGUUGAGACGAAUGCCUUCCUUCAAAAGACAGAGAAAGUCUGGUCGUUGUGGCAUGAUGCCUAGACUAUCCUCAUCCUUUGUUUGCUGGCUGAAUUCCGUCGAGAAGACGAUUAGUAUUUGCAUCAUACAAAAGCGGAAGAAACCGGAACCGCUGGUAACCAUGCGACGAAGCUUCAAACGGUGCUCCAAAAAGGCUGGUGUCAGAUUGGGAGUCGUCGAGUCUGGGAAAAGAGUAUACCACAUUUUGAGUGAGGAAUCCACAACAACCUUUCGAGAGUGCGCAUAUGUCGGAUCGUGCAAAGAUGGGGAAAAGAAUGGCAUGUGUAAGGAUACAAGAUAGCGGAGCGCUACGACUUCCACAAGAUCUAGCUGGCCUGGCUGAGGCUUCCUUCCCGCGGAUGAGGACUGGAAUGACUGGAAUGCACGGCGGAGAUCUUUGUAAGCCGAACGGAACUCUGCAUCGAGGCGCAGUGUCUCCUGAUAGGAUCCACUUGCGCCAAUGCAAUUCAAGAAUUUGAUCACCGUCAGACGGAUUGAAAAGUUUCCCGGCGGUCGAGUAUCGAAAUCGUCCAGCGACAGCAAGGGCGGCGCGCCGGCAUUCAAGCUUGUCUGUAGGCACAGCUCCAAUAUAGUGUUCCAGAGUCUCCGGUGCAUCUCAUUGGCGAAGAUGGUUCGUUGGGGGAAGAGGACGGGGUCACGGUGCAAACCCAUAUAUAUUGCAGCCCUGAAGAGUCCACCAGCAGAGACCCAGUUUGUAUCCUCGCUACUUCCAGUCACAUCGCGAGCAACCAGUAAAAGGAUGUAAAUCUGAAAGUAUUCCAGUCCGAGGCGGUGCUUCAACGUGGGGUUCGAAAGCCAUAUUUCAGCCUCAUAUUUCCAACGAGUUGCCACUGUUCGCAGGGUAAACCGAUUGUCGUAGGUCCCCGCCCCAAUCGCGAGGACCAGCUUGAGCAGAAUGAGAAAGGACGCGAUGGAGGAUCUCGCUGGUACUGAGAUAUUGUUCAACAAGUGCAUCGGCCACCUCUCGCGAUGGAAGCUCCGAGGCGGUGGAACAAGGCCACUCUGGAAUUCGUUGCGCUUUGAUAAGCUUGGAAACAUGUUUACAUUUUUGCAUUUCGAAAAACAGAGCGACAAUGCAGGUACUGACCCAAUGGCUCUGGCCAAACAUGCGAUUCUUAUGCGUGAUGCUACGGUUGAUAUUCGGCAUUUGGCCCCGAUUGGGAUCGCCGU